UGGUAUAAAUGCAGUGAAUGACAGAUUGUACUCGUCCAGUCUGGUCGUAGGAAGGCUUGAGUCAGCCACAAGAUGAUUGGCCUCAUUGUUAUUGCACUCCUGGGUGCUGCAGCUGCAGCCCCUAUGGAUGACAGGAUUGUCGGUGGCUACGAGUGUACAGCCCACUCAGUGCCCUGGCAAGUGUCUAUCAACAUCGGCUACCACUACUGCGGCGGCUCCCUCAUCAAUGACCAGUGGAUCUUGUCUGCUGCCCACUGCUGGCAAAACCCCUACGCACAGAUUGCCAUCCUGGGUGACCACCACAUCUAUAAGUACGAGGGCACCGAGCAGUACAUGUCAGUGGAUGCCAUCUACUGGCAUCAGAGUUAUGACUACCAGACCCUGGACUACGACAUCAUGCUGAUGAAACUGGCCCACCCCGUCACCGUGACUGAGUACGUCAAGCCUAUCGCCCUCCCCACAGCCUGCCCCACAGCUGGUACCAUGUGCAGGGUGUCCGGAUGGGGUAACAUCUACACUGAUUCAGUGUUCAACCCAUUUAACCUUCAGUGUGUGGAAGUCCCCAUUUUGUCUGACAAGGACUGUGAAACAUCCUACCCUGGUAAGAUCACCAACCGCAUGGUGUGCGCUGGAUACCUGGAGGGAGGCAAGGACUCUUGUCAGGGUGACUCUGGUGGUCCUCUGGUGUGCAAUGGGGAGCUGCAUGGCAUUGUCUCUUGGGGGUAUGGCUGCGCUCAGCCUAACUACCCAGGUGUUUACACCAAAGUCUGCUCUCUGAUGACCUGGAUCAAUGACACUCUCGCCGCAUACAGUUAGGCUGUGAUCUCAUCAUCACAAAUUUAUGUGGAAGAGGGAACCAGAGAAAUUGAAAUUGCAGGAGACAGAGACAGGAGGCGAUAGUGGGUAGUGUCAGAAGGAAAAGCAGUGGGAGAGUGGCUGAAAGAGAGCCACAAGGCGAAACAGCAGGAAAGAGAGCGAGAGAAGGAGAUGUCUUUAGUCUUGCACAUUCAAUAAAAUCAUUCUGUGAUGCA